UCACUUCAGCUUUACAUACAUAUCUGCUACAGUCUUUAUGCACCAGGAAAACAGAAGAUGGCAGAAGCAGUUCUUAUAAGCGUCGUUGCAGAGGGAGUUCUGAGCAAGCUAUUUUCCCUUGCCGCAGAAGAGCUAUGCUCCCUUUGGGGCUUCAAGGAAAGCCUCAAAAACCUCGCUCAAAACCUAGAGAUGAUCCAAGCAUUGAUGAUUGAUGCAGAGAACAAGCAAUCAGAUUCCAGGGCAGUACGGCUUUGGCUCAAGAAGCUCACGGCUGUCGCAUUUGAUGCCGAUAAUGUUUUGGAUGAGUUCGCCUACGAAAUUCUGAGAAUCAAAGCCAUAAGCGAGAACAAGGUUCGGGAUUUCUUCACUCUUUCUAACCCACUUUUACUUCGUGUCCAAUUCGCUCAAAAGGUCAAGAUUAUUGAUAGGAAUGUUGAGAAGCUUUAUAAAGAAUCGAAUGAUAUAGGGCUCAGGGUAAUUGAGGGUUUGGGUAGGGAUUCUGAAGCUCAAUUAUUGAGGAAAACUGAUCCUUGUGUUGUUGAAUCAGAAGUUGUGGGUAGGGCUAGUGAUGCUGCCAAGAUUGUAGACAUGUUAAUCAGUUCUGAUAAUCAAAGAGAUUUAGCUGUGAUUAGCAUAGUGGGAAUGCCUGGGCUGGGAAAAACAACCUUAGCUCAACUUGUUUACAAAAAUGAUUCUGUGGUGAGAAAUUUCGAUCACAGGAUGUGGGUUUGUGUAUCUGAUGAUUUUGAUGUUGAUAGGCUCUUGGUUGAGAUGGUGCAGUCUCUCACCCUAACCAGUUUCGAGGUCUCGAACAGGGAGGCGAUCGUGAAAAAGCUGCAACAGAAUUUGAACGGGAAGAAGUAUUUAUUGGUUCUUGAUGAUAUCUGGAAUGAAGAUAAGUGUAAAUGGGAUAGUAUGAGGAGGUGUUUGAUGGAAAUCGGUGGUUCUAGAGGGAGCAGGAUAAUGAUAACCACUCGGAGUGAAGAAGUUGUUACAGCAAUGCAGUCGUUUUUAGCCCACAGGCUGGAAGUGUUGCCGGAUGAGGAUGGAUGGUCACUGUUUACGCAAAUAACAUUUUCGAGUGGAGGGGCGGAGGAGACUCCGGGGUUGAGGGCUAUUGGUAGAAGAAUUUUGCAAAGAUGUCGUGGUGUGCCAUUGGCUAUAAAGACAUUGGGAGGUUUAUUGUACUCUAGGAAUAGCGAAAGCGAGUGGUCCAUGAUAGAGAACAGCGUGAUGUGGAGUUCAUCCAAGAGAAUGGAUGGAGUACUAUCAACAUUGAUGUUGAGUUACAAACACUUGCCCUCGUUAUCCUUGAAGCAAUGCUUUGCAUAUUGCGCAAUUUUUCAAAAAGAUUUUAUAAUGGAAAGGGAUAAAUUGAUUCAACUUUGGAUGGCGCAGGGGUGGAUUAAGGGUUCUAAAGAAGACCAGAUAGAGAUGGAGGAAGUGGGAAAUAACUUUUUCAAUAUAUUGCUGAGAAAUUCGUUGUUCCAAGAUGUCGAGAAGGAUGAAUAUGGUAAUGUCAGAACUUGCAAGAUGCACGAUCUGGUGCAUGAUCUUGCAUUGCACGUAUCAAAACACUUCUGCUUAAAUGUGGAUCCUAGAGAUAUGAAUGAUGAUAUCGAGACUGUACAUUUAUCACUAAUUUGCAGAGAAGGGGUUAAAUUGAAUGUUCCAAAGGGUCCUCUUCUCAACCUAAGAACUCUGUAUAUAACGGCAGGUUUUAAUGCAGACAUUUUGACGAGUGCUAAGCAUCUUCGCGUUUUGAUUUUAGACGGUUUUGGAAUUAAAGAAUUGCCAAGUUCGGUAGGAAAGUUGAAACAUCUAAGAUGCCUUGACAUCUCAAAGACUUCCAUCAAGAGAUUACCAAAUACCAUCACGCAGCUUUACAAUUUGCAGACACUGCGAUUGAAUAUCUUGGAGGAGUUGCCACGAGAUUUUCAUCGUCUUGUUAAUUUGAGGCAUUUUUAUAUGGAAGACAUUCGUGACAACAGGCGGCCUUGUUUAUUUCUCGGGAUAGGGAAGUUGGUUUCUCUCCAGACAUUACCUUUCUUUGUUGUGAGUUCUGACAGUCGAUGCCAGAUUAGUGACCUGGGAUGCUUGCCCAACCUGAAAGGUCACUUAAACAUUUACAGCGUCGAGAAUGUCAAAAAUUACAAUGCAGCACGAGAAGCAAAGUUGUACGAGAAAGAGAAUAUUCAUACCUUACAGAUCCGUUGGCAUCCAUUGGAUCGAAGAAGGAAAGAGUUCGUUGAUGAAGGAGUAUUAGAGGGCCUUGAGCCGCACUUCAAUUUGAGAGACUUGACAAUCGAGAGCUUUAAGGGUGCAAGGUUUCCAUCGUGGCUUGUGGAAAAUAAACUACAGAACCUAAUGAAGAUAACAUUGUGGGAUUGCAACUGGUGUGAACAAAUUCCUACACUUGGACACCUUCCCAGUCUAAGGAUUGUUUCAAUAACCGGGAUGCACAGUGUGAAAAAGAUCGGCCCGGAGUUCUACUGUCAGACAAAUAUUGAUCGCAAAAGCAGUAGUGUUACCUUAUUCCCAUCCCUAAGAGAACUCACUUUGAGUGGAAUGGCAAUGCUAACCCAAUGGUCUGAAGCAAAAUUACCACCAGCUUCACGAAUGAAGGCGUUUCCUCACCUGGAAAUAUUGAAAAUCGAGGGGUGCCCAGAACUGUCAAGUCUACCAGAAAUGAACGGCCUGACAUCUCUUCGUUACUUAUCCUUUGUGAGAUGUGAUAAACUGGCUUCUUUACCAGAGCGGCUGGGAAGUUUGGGUCUUCUCGAGGAACUAGAAAUAAGGAAGUGCUCGAAUCUGGCUGCAUUGCCCGAUGUAACUGGCCUACAAUCUCUGCGCAAGCUAGAUAUUUCAGUGUGUGAGAAGUUGAUUGUGUUACCAACUGGUUUGGAACACUGCAAAGCACUCGAGAACUUGUGCAUUCGUCAGUGCCCAUCUUUGUUCCCCGAGGGUCUGUCUCAGCUUGUUCACCUCAAGGAACUAAGGAUAGGCCAUUUCUCACGCGAGCUCGAUUCUUUCCCAUGGCCAUCGACACCCUCUGGGGCAACUCCUUUUGCAUCUUUAGUCUCCCUAACACUGUAUGGAUGGGCAAGGCUCAAAUCUCUGCCCAACCAACUCAAAGAACUCUCAGCUUUGAAGCAUCUGUCCAUAAGAGAAUUUGGGGUGGAGACUCUUCCUGACUGGCUUCGUUGCCUCUCAUCUCUUCAAUCAGUCUGCUUUACAUUAUGUGCAAAUCUUGCUUAUCUGCCCUCCGUGGAAGCGAUGCAAUGUCUCAACAAUUUAGAGGCGUUUGAAAUUAUUGUUUGCCCUCUUCUGGAAGAAAGAUGUUUCGAAGGGAGCCGCCCGGAGUGGCACAAGAUUUCCCACAUUGCUAAGAUCAGGACAAAUUACCAGACCAUUCAAUGCCUCUAUUAGACUUGCUUCCAUGGCAAUUGGCUCAAGCUUCUUGUUAUCUCACUCUUAACAUCUGUUUAGCCUCCGGGCUGACUCUAAACAAGUGCAAAUUGAGCGACUGCACAAUAUUUUUAAUUUGUAGGGACCCAAUUGUAUAUUU